AUGAAUGUCAAAUUCUCCAACUUCCAGUCCCAAAGCCCCCUCUUCUCUAUUCUCCCCGCCGAACUCCGCACCCAAGUCUUCAGUUACGUCCUUUCCGACUCCCUGGAUAUCACUCAUCCCUACAGCAAAGACACCUUCUACACGCGACCGGGAUACACUGCCCCUAUACUCUCACACACUUCCCUACUCCGCACAUGUAAGCGUGCCUACCAUGAAGCAUGGUUCAUCCCCUUCGUUUGCGCAGAACACACCUUCUAUCUGAGCUCGGAGGUUCGAUCACCGGGGCGUCUAGCCCCGAAGGACCUCCAGCAAACGCUCGAUACCAUGCAUGAGCAGCAUGGGAAAGUAGAGGUCAACCGCAUCCGCGUAUUCGCGCAGCUCUACGCACUUGAACCCGGCAACAGACUACAAAGUAUCCUCGACAUGGACCACUUCUAUCCCAGACACGUGACGCUGACCAUUCGCUACACGGACUUCUGGUACUGGGAGAAUUGCGAACCGCUCUAUAUCAAAGCAGCAUGGGUGAAUAGGGUGCGGUUCCCGGACAGCGUGACUCGCUUCACGAUGGAGUUUGAGAGCAUAGAGCGUCGGAAGAAUGAAAUUAACUAUAUCGCGUCCGAAGCUGUGGGGCGGUGGUUCUUCACUCGACGGGAUGGACGCGUCCUCACGGCCAAGAAGGAGGACAUGACGGUUUCGAAAUGGACGGGUAGCUCCACGCUAAGUGAGCAGCGGUGGCUGCGCGACGAAGUCCAUCCGGGUCAGUUGGAUUAUCACGUUGUCACAGUGAGGUGGAGAGUGGCGAGUGAUGACGAGGCUAGCAAAGUCGAUCGCGAUACGCCUAGGAAGGAUCUGGCGGUGCCGGAGGGGUUUCUUCAGCCACCACCCAGUUUUACCACGAUGGUUUCUGUGUGGCAGAAGGAUCUGGAAAGGGCGAACGUCCCUGCGGAUCUGCCCGCGGAGGAGGUUGUCAGGGUGAUUGAUGAGCUGCAUGCGGCGGAUCAAUUGAGAGUUCGACAAAGGCGGAGUAUCCGGACGCCGAGGAUUCGUUAG